CGACUUCUUCUUCGCAUGUUAGCAUGUCAAUGGAAGCAAACUGCUCUUGUUUUAUCUUGCUAACUCAUGGUAGGCUUAAUGUUCAUCAUGUUCCCCACCCACUCGAUGAGCAACAUGUGAUUCUCCAGACUGCAUGGUACAGAUCGUCAUGCAUUUAGUUGUUGUAGCACCUAACAACUCCUGCAAAAAGAUGGUGUUCUUUUUGUAGCAUUUACAGAGAAUCAUGGAUAAAGUUUUCUCCUUCAACGCAAGUCCAUGUCUGUGGUUGUUUGUGAACACUUGGAACUCCAUGGUGUUACUAUUUAGUGUUCAUCAUCCACUGAUCUUAUCCCCCGUGAUGAGAUAAAAGGGGGAGAGGUGCUGCUGUUCUUGAAUUCGCCUGCAGCUUAUACAUCAUUUAUCGUUCAUAGGACCAUCCCACCAUCUCCAUUUCUGACACCUAAUACUCUCACUCUCUCGAGCACAAAGCUUUUCUUACAAUGAUUUGCAUGUCAGGGAGGAAAUUACUGGUAGAAAUUUAUUACUGUUUGACUUGGCAUUCACAUGGAUCCAACUCUCUGAUACAGCCAAUCAAGCACUUAUUUAUUGCCCCAUUCAAUUUCUAACCAAACUAUGAACAGAGAAAUAUAUUAGGUGGUGGAGUUCCAACUUGUACAAUCCAUCCAGUUUUGUGUGCACACGAGCCCUUGUUCUUAUUCCUAGCACUCGCUGUAGUUCUUAUUCCUAGCUCUCUCUCUCUCUCUCUCGCUACUUAGCAGUCACCUCGAGGCUAAUUCGGGGUCGUAAGGGACGUCCUCUGAGCUCUAACCUUCGUUCCGAUGCCGAGGUCGAGAGAGUCCGAUGUGCCUCAGCGGCAGUCGCCGCGGGUGCCAAUCCACAUGAAGACCACCGCCUGCUCCGAAGCCAACAGCGUGCACCGCCCCGUUGUGGCUGACCGCAGCCCCAAGGUGUCCCCUCGCGGUGUCCUGCACGAGAGGAAGAAAGGCACGAGAGUGGCCGACCUGGAGACCAAGCUGAGCAGAGCCCAGGAGGAGCUCAAGAAGCUGAAACAUCAACUGGCAUCCGCGGAAGCCGCCAAGCUCGAAGCGGAGCAAGCUCUGGCGAAGGCCAAGAAUCGGAUUCCAGCCGCCGCAUCGACCCCGAAAGACGAAGAAGUGAAGCCUCUCCUCCCGCAGGAUUCUGGAGGUCAGGGUAAUCGGCAGCGGGAGAACAAACCUGAAGAAGAGAGCGUCACUUCUCCAGCGACGAUGGAUGUCUUUGAAGUAAUGCUGCCGACGGAGGCCAUCCACGGAGAGAACGAAGCCGCCGGUAACGAGAAGAAAGUAGCGAAUGCGGCGGAGAGAGAAGAGGUGGAGACGAAGACAAUGAUCGAGAAAGCAAGCGAUGGUGAGAACAACGAGGCCGUAGCCGCAGAGGAAGAGGAUGACAAGAGGAAGCCAGUGGUGGUGCUUCCCGAGAGCGCAGAGGUAGACGACCUCAAGGCUAAGCUCCUGGAAAAGGAGAAAGAAGUGGAGAUUCUCCUGGAAGAGAACGUGAUCUUCAAGACGAACGCCGAGGAAGAGGCCAAGCAGAUCGCGGGCACGGCGCGGGCCAAGGAAGCGGAGCUGACGGCGAGGCUGGGCUCGGUGGAGGAAGAGCUGAAAGAAAGCAGAGCCAAAGCGGACGAGCUGUCGGAGCAGCUGGAAGCAGCGGAGGGGUCGAAGGCGGCGCUGGAGACGGAGAUGAAGCGGCUGAGGGUGCAGACGGAUCAGUGGCGGAAGGCGGCGGAGGCAGCUGCGGCGGUGCUGGCCACCGACGACGGAGCGGAGGGGAGGAGGGUGGCGGAGCGGUGCGGGUCUAUGGACAAGCACAUUGGUUGGGAAUCGCCGCUGAUAGCCGGGGGCAUCGACGAAGACAACGCGGCGGGGGGCGGAGGGAGGAGGAAGGGAGCGGGGAUUCGGGUGUUGGGUGACGUAUGGAGGAAGAAGGCUCUGCAGAAAUGAAUUGCUCGCGCGUGAGCGCGUGCAGUGCUGUUGCUGUGCUGUGCAUGCAAUUGUCUCGUGUAAUGGGACUGGACUCUGUUCUGUUCUGUUCUGUUCUGUUCGCUUCUCUUCUAUUGGUGUUGUGGGUGGUGACGGUAAGAGACGACAAAGAUGUUGACGUUGUGGACUGUAGAUUUCUGCUUUCAUAUGAAUCAGAACGGGUUGUAUGGA